AUGGAGGCGGCGGCGCCGCCGCUCCCGCUGCUGCUGCUGCUGCGGCUUCUGGCCGCCUCGGUGCUGCGUUGCGAGCCGGGCUCCGCCGCGGCAUCUCCCUUCCUGCUCUUUGCCAACCGGAGGGACGUGCGGCUGGUGGACGCGGGCGGUGCGAAGCUGGAGUCCACUGUGGUGGUCAGCGGGCUGGAGGAUGCUGCUGCUGUCGACUUCCAGUAUUCACAGGGCAUCGUGUUCUGGACAGAUGUGAGUGAAGAAGCCAUCAAGCAAACUUACAUUAACCAAACUGGGAACGUGGUGCAGAAUGUCAUCAUUUCUGGCCUGGUUUCCCCGGAUGGCCUGGCUUGUGAUUGGAUUGGGAAAAAACUUUACUGGACCGAUUCAGAAACCAAUAGGAUAGAAGUAGCUAAUCUGAAUGGAACAUCUAGAAAAGUCCUCUUCUGGCAAGACCUUGAUCAGCCCAGGGCUAUAGCUUUGGAUCCUGCUCAUGGGUACAUGUACUGGACGGACUGGGGCGAGACCCCCCGCAUUGAGCGGGCGGGCAUGGACAGCAGCGUGCGCAAGAUCAUCGUGGACUCGGACAUCUACUGGCCCAACGGGCUCACCAUCGACCUGGAGGAGCAGAAGCUCUACUGGGCUGAUGCCAAGCUCAGCUUCAUCCACAGGGCAAACCUGGAUGGCUCCUUCAGGCAAAAGGUGGUGGAAGGGAGCCUGACCCACCCCUUUGCACUGACCCUGUCUGGGGACAUGCUGUACUGGACGGACUGGCAGACACGCUCCAUCCACGCCUGUAACAAAAGGACAGGAGAGAAGAGGAGGGAGAUUUUGUCUGCCCUCUACUCCCCCAUGGACAUCCAGGUCCUCAGCCCGGACAGACAGCCAUACUUUCACACUCCCUGUGAGGAGAACAACGGAGGCUGCUCCCACCUCUGCCUGCUGUCUCCACGAGAGCCCUUCUACAGCUGUGCCUGCCCCACUGGUGUGCAGCUGGAGGAUGAUGGCAGAACGUGCAAAGCAGGCGCUGAGGAGGUGCUGCUGCUCGCCAGGAGGACAGACCUGAGGAGGAUCUCCCUGGACAUGCCGGACUUCACGGACAUCAUCCUGCAGAUCGACAACAUCCGGCACGCCAUCGCCAUUGACUACGACCCCGCCGAGGGCUUCCUCUACUGGACGGACGACGACGUGCGUGCCAUCCGCCGGGCACGGCUCGACGGCUCCGCCGCACAGACCCUGGUGACCACCGAGAUCAACCACCCCGACGGCAUCGCCGUGGACUGGGUGGCCAGAAACCUGUACUGGACCGACACCGGCACCGACCGCAUCGAGGUGACACGGCUGAAUGGCAGCGCCAGGAGGGUCCUCAUCUCCGACAGCUUGGAUGAGCCACGAGCCAUCGUCCUCAACCCCCUCAUGGGCUACAUGUACUGGACAGACUGGGGUGAGAGCCCGAAGAUAGAGUGUGCUUACCUGGAUGGCUCAGAGAGGAGGGUUCUGGUCAACACCUCCCUGGGCUGGCCCAAUGGCCUGGCACUGGAUCUGGAGAAGCAGAAGCUUUACUGGGGGGAUGCCAAGACAGACAAAAUCGAGGUCAUAAACAUUGAUGGAACAAUGAGGAAAACCCUCCUGGAGGAUAAGCUUCCACAUAUAUUUGGAUUCACCCUGCUGGGAGAUUAUAUCUACUGGACUGACUGGCAGAGAAGAAGCAUUGAAAGAGUCCACAAGAUAAAGGCCAGCAGGGACAUAAUCAUUGAUCAGCUUCCAGAUCUGAUGGGCCUGAAAGCAACCAGCGUGUCCAAAGUGUUUGGCACUAAUUCCUGUGCAGAGAACAACGGAGGCUGCAGCCACCUGUGUUUCUUUACACCCCAGGAGGCCAGGUGUGCCUGUCCCAUGGGCCUGGAGCUGCUGACUGACAUGAAGACCUGCAUCGUUCCUGAAGCCUUUCUGGUGUUCACCAGCAGAGCAGCAAUCCACAGGAUCUCCCUGGAGACCAGUAACAACGACGUGGCUAUUCCUCUGACCGGCGUCAAGGAAGCCUCUGCCCUGGAUUUCGAUGUCUCUGAUAACAGAAUCUAUUGGACUGAUGUUAGUUUGAAGACCAUCAGCCGAGCCUUCAUGAACGGCAGCUCUGUGGAGCACGUGGUUGAGUUUGGGUUGGACUACCCUGAGGGGAUGGCUGUGGACUGGAUGGGGAAGAACCUGUACUGGGCGGACACUGGAACCAACCGCAUCGAGGUGGCUCGCCUGGAUGGACAGCACAGGCAGGUCCUGGUCUGGAAGGACUUGGACAACCCAAGGUCUUUGGCUCUCGAUCCUACCAAAGGGUACAUGUACUGGACAGAGUGGGGAGGGAAGCCCAGGAUCGUGCGGGCGUACAUGGAUGGCACCAACAGCAUCACUCUGGUGGAUAAGGUGGGGCGUGCCAACGACCUCACCAUCGACUAUGUGGACCAGAGGCUCUACUGGACUGACCUGGACACCAGCAUGAUUGAAUCAUCAAAUAUGCUGGGGCAGGAACGAGAGAUCAUCGCGGAUGACCUGCCGCACCCCUUCGGACUCACCCAGUACAGCGACUACAUCUACUGGACAGACUGGAACCUGCACAGCAUAGAAAGAGCAGACAAGACCAGUGGGAAGAACAGGACACUCAUCCAGGGCCACCUGGAUUUCGUGAUGGAUAUCUUGGUCUUCCACUCCUCCCGCCAGGACGGCCUGAACGACUGUGUGCAGAACAAUGGCCACUGCGGGCACCUCUGCCUGGCCAUCCCCAACGGCUUCCGUUGCGCCUGUGCUGCUCACUACACCCUGGAGCCUAACAGCAGGAACUGCACCUCCCCUGCCAGCUUCCUGCUGUUCAGCCAGAAGUCUGCCAUCAGCCGCAUGAUACCUGAUGAUCAGCAGAGCCCAGACAUCAUCCUGCCCCUGCAUGGGCUGAGGAAUGUCAAGGCUAUUGAUUAUGACCCCUUAGAUAAAUUCAUCUACUGGGUGGAUGGACGUCAGAAUAUUAUCAAAAGAGCCAAAGAUGAUGGCACUCAGCCUUUCACUGUCAUGAGCACUCCCAACCAAAGCCAGAACCCAGAGAAGCAGCCUCACGACCUCAGCAUUGAUGUGUACAGCCACACCUUGUACUGGACCUGCGAGGCCACCAACUCUGUGAACGUGCAGAGGCUGAGCGGGGAGCCCAUGGGCAUGGUGCUGCGCGGGGAGCACGACCGGCCCAGGGCCAUCGUGGUGAACGCCGAGCGAGGGUACAUGUACUUCACCAACAUGCAGGAGCGAGCGCCCCGCAUCGAGCGAGCAGCCCUGGACGGCACCGAGAGGGAGGUGCUGUUCACCACGGGGCUGGUCCGCCCUGUGGCACUGGUGGUGGACAACAAGCUGGGGAAGCUCUUCUGGGUGGAUGCAGACCUGAAGCGCAUUGAGAGCUGUGACCUGUCAGGUGCCAACCGUGUGACCCUGGAGGACUCCAAUAUCCUGCAGCCCAUGGGACUGACGGUGCUGGGGAACCACUUGUACUGGAUUGAUCGUCAGCAGCAGAUGAUUGAGAGAGUGGAGAAGGUCAAUGGCUACAAAAGGACCAGGAUCCAGGGCCGGAUUGCUCACCUGACAGGCAUUCAUGCUGUGGAGGAGCUUGAUAUGGAGGAGUUCUCUGUGCACCCCUGCUCCCGUGACAAUGGUGGUUGCUCACACAUCUGCAUUGCCAAAGGGGAUGGGACCCCGAGGUGUUCCUGCCCUGAGCACCUGGUGCUCCUGCAGAAUCUCCUGACUUGUGGAGAGCCUCCCACCUGCUCCCCAGACCAGUUCACCUGUGCCACUGGUGAGAUCGACUGCAUCCCCAUGGCGUGGCGCUGCGACGGCUUCCCCGAGUGCGACGACCAGAGCGACGAGGCCAGCUGCCCGCUCUGCUCGGCCGCGCAGUUCCAGUGUGAGAAGGGGCAGUGCAUCGAGGCUCACCUGCGCUGCAACGGAGAGAUCGACUGCCAGGACAAGUCGGACGAGGCCGACUGCCACGCCAUCUGCCUCCCCAACCAGUUCCGCUGUGCCAGCGGGCAGUGCAUCCUCCUGAAGCAGCAGUGUGACUCCUUCCCCGACUGCAUCGACGGCUCCGACGAGCUGCUGUGUGAAAAGACCAAGCCAGCCUCAGAUGUGUCCCAGCCCCACAGCAGUGCCAUUGGUCCUGUGAUUGGCAUCAUCCUGUCGCUGUUUGUCAUGGGGGGGAUGUACUUCGUGUGCCAGCGUGUGGUGUGCCAGCGCUACGCCGGCCCCAACAGCCCCUUCCCGCACGACUAUGUCAGUGGCACCCCGCACGUCCCCCUCAAUUUCAUUGCUCCAGGAAGCUCUCAGCAUGGCACUUUCACUGGCAUCUCCUGUGGAAAGUCCAUGAUUAGCUCCAUGAGUCUCAUGGGAGGAAGCAGUGGUGCCCCCUUGUAUGACAGAAACCAUGUUACUGGAGCCUCCUCAAGUAGCUCAUCCAGCACUAAAGCCACUUUCUACCCUCAGAUCCUGAACCCACCUCCAUCCCCAGCCACUGACCGCUCCCUGUACAAUGCAGAGGUGUUCUACUCCUCCAACAUUCCUUCAACCACAAGAUCUUACAGGCCCUACCUGAUCCGAGGGAUUGCUCCCCCCACCACCCCCUGCAGCACAGAUGUGUGUGACAGUGACUACACCCCCAGCAGAUGGAAGGCCAACAAAUACUACAUGGAUCUGAACUCAGACUCAGACCCCUAUCCCCCCCCGCCCACGCCGCGCAGCCAGUACCUGUCGGCAGAGGAGAGCUGCCCUCCCUCCCCCGCCACCGAGAGGAGCUACUUCCACCUCUACCCCCCUCCACCCUCACCUUGUACAGACUCCUCCUGA